UUCCCCGAGGUCUCGAGAGUGAGCUGAAGGGGGGGGCGGAGAACAGCCGCGUUAAAAAACGAGCAGCUUGUCCCGUGGACCGCUGACCGCCCGCGUAGGACCGCCUCAGAAAGGGGUGCAGAGAGGGGUGCAGACGCAGACCGCCCCGGCCGAGGAGCUCGCCCCGCCGCUCUCUUUUCGUCGUUUUUGCGGGGGUCGGGGCGGGGGGGGUCAGUGUUGGAGUGUCUGUGCGGAGCGGCCGCCAUGCCGGGCGUGCACCUGGACUUCCUGUCCGCCGCGGAGGCCCCGGAGGGUCCCGCGGAGGCCCUGGGGAGCCCCGACAGCGGCUGCGCGGAGUCCGGGCUGGAGGCCGUGAUCGGGGACCUCCUGGCGCAGGAGGAGGAGGUGGGGGAGGAGGAGGUGGGGCUGGCGGAAGGGGAGGAGGUGGAGGAGCAGCAGGAGGAGGAGGCGCGGGAGGGCGUGGCCGGGCUCCGGGCCAUGGAGCGCCUCCUCCGCUGCGCGGUGGCGGAGGUGCACGGGGACCUGCAGGUGUUCGGGAGGCGCGUGGACGCGCGGCUGGAGGAGGCGGCGGCCCGCGUGGCCCCGCUGGCCCUCGCCGUGGAGGAGCUCCUGGAGGAGAACCUGCGGCUGCGCACCCAGCAGGAGCGGCUCGCCCGCCAGGUGGAGGCGCUGUGCCAGGCACUGGGCCUCCCCGAGUCGCCCGCCGCCCCGCCCGCCCCCGCCGCCGCCCCUGCCCUCACCCCCGCCCCUGCCGCCGCCCCUGCCCUCACCCCGCCCCUGCCCCCGCCCGGUCCCCCACCCCCCCGCCUUCGCCACCCGCCGCUCGUUGUCCACCCCGUCGCUGCUCGGGUCCUACGCGCAUAG